AUGGAGGCUGUGGGGCGCCCCCGGGUUUGGGGGUGCUGCCUCAGGGCCCUGGGGAAGCUCUUCCCGCGCCUCUGCCUCUUCUGCGUCCUGGUCGCCUACGCGCUGCUGGGCGCUGCGCUUUUCUCGGCCAUCGAGGGCAGCCGGGUCCUGAGCACCGACCCCGAGUUCGAAACUUUCCUGGAGAAGCUCCGCGGCGUCUUGGGGUGCAAUCGGACAGUGGAGGAAGACAGAAAGCAGGAGCUGGGGGAGCUGCUGAAGACGAUGAAGCCGCAGUGGUUGAUCAGACCCACUGACUGGUCUUUCCUGAGCUCGCUGUUCUUCUGCUGCACCGUGUUCAGCACUGUGGGCUACGGCCACCUCUUCCCGGUCACCAGGCUGGGCAAGUACGCGUGCAUGCUCUACGCCCUCUUCGGCAUCCCGCUCAUGUUCCUGGUGCUCAGCGACACGGGCGACAUCCUGGCCACCGUCUUAUCCAAGUCCUACCACCGCUUCCGCAGACUCCUCCGGCUGCAGCCCCGGGGGCUCCCGGGCUGGUGCACACACCUGCUGGGCAGGGGGCGACCCCGGGCCAAGCCCGCGCCCGCGGAGGACCCGCUGCCCAGAAUCCUGCUUCCCACCCCGGAGCCAGGGGCCCCCAGACCCCCCGGCAGGGGCAGCAACACCGAGCUGUUCGAGCGGCUCCUGGCCCAGGAGCAGCGGGGCUGUUCGCUGCAGGUGCCCGCGGCCCGGGCGGUGGAGCGCAGCAGCUCGUGCCCGGAGCUGGCGCACGGCGGGCUGUCGAGCUCGGUGCUCAGCGGCUUGGACGAGGUGGGCCGGCAGGUGGAGCGGCUGGACGUGCCGCUGGCCGUCAUCGCCCUGGUGGUCCUGGCCUACAUCUCCUGCGCCGCCGCCCUGCUGCCCGUGUGGGAGACCCAGCUGGGCUUCGAGGACGCCUUCUACUUCUGCUUCGUCACGCUCACCACCAUCGGCUUCGGGGACACCCACCUGGAGCACCCCCACUUCUUCCUCUUCUUCUCCGUCUACAUCAUCGUGGGCAUGGAGAUCGUGUACAUCACCUUCAAGCUGCUGCAGAACCGGCUGAUUCAUGCCUACAAGAGCCUCGUGCUGUUUUUCGCCAAGAUCCUGCCACCCUGCUAA